UGGCCUCUUCAUCGACGCAUUCAAGCUCGCCAGCUAGCUAUAGAUCAUUCGUGCUCUGGAUCUCUUAAAUCCGUGUAAGCGAGGAAAGCACCUAGGGCUUUAGGUGAUGUCGUGCUUGCCAUGGCUAUGGCAUGCCGCGGGAGUGCCCGCGCGGCUUCCUCCAUUGCCCACGCCCACGGUCACAAAGUCAUGCAUCACCAGGCUCCGCUUGCGGGCCUCCCCCGCCUUUCCUUCCGAGGGCCAUGGUGAUUCGCCCGUGCCGCAGCUCGUACGAUUGCUGGGGCUGGACAAUCCCCUGGACAAGCGAGAGGAGGCAGUGGACGAGCUGUGGAGGCAAUCAGAAGGUGGCAAGGAGAGCGUGGAGGAGAUUGUGAGCUGCCCCGGGUGCCUGGAUUUGGUGGUUUCACUCGUUGCCUCGGGCUCUCAUGCUGCCUCUGAAGCAGCCUCUGGGCUUCUUCGUGAGGUCUCGGCUGUACAACCUUAUGGCUCCUUGGUUGCUCAGGCUGGUGCCAUACAAGAGAUUACGGGCUUGCUAACGCGGAAGAGUCCACCACCCGAGGUGAGAGACCAAGCUGCAAAUGUGCUGCUCAAUCUGGCGGCGGAGCCAGGGCUGCGGGAAAAAAUAGCCAACCCCGAGUUGCUAGCUGCAGUAGUUCUCAUGCUAGAUUCGGAGCUACAGGGCGAACAGAAUGCAGCUGCUGGGAUGAUUGCCAAGCUCUCGCUUUCGGAAGGCAUCCAGAGCUUGCUGCUAGGCGCGGGUGUUAUUCCAAAGCUGGCCAAUAUCUUGAAAGCGGACUUUCAGAAGGUGUCCAAAGUUGCUCGGCUGGAGGCUAGGAACGCACUGCUGAGACUUGCAAAGAAUCCGGACGCGAAAAUGGCCACAAUAGACCAAGGCUUGAUGUUUGUCCCGCUGGUUGGAGCUGAUGCUUACAAGUCUCUCAAGGCUACUGGCGUGGGAGCUCCCAAAGUUCCGGAACAGGUGACCCUGGAGCACCCACUUGGAUCGCAAGAGUCUCCAUUCGGGGCUGGAGAUCUCCUUUUGGGACUGCAUAUCAGUAGCCAGCAGAGUGUGGACGAAGCAACGCAACUGGCAAUGGAAGGCCGCAGCAGGCUAAACUUUCUGAAGAGGGUGGGCUUAGUAGAGACUCCAGCCGGCGGCGACAACAAGCCCAAAAGUGAAGCUCAGAGUUCCACGGUAUUGCCCUGGUGGGAUGCUAUCCCCCGUUUGGUCCUUAUUCUCGGCCUCGAGGACGUGUCUUAUGCCAUGCAAGGUGCCCGGGCUAUAGCGGAGGUGGCUAUAACCGAAGACUACAGACGAAAGCUCGCCAAGGCUGGCGCAGUUCCUCACUUGGUUUAUCUUCUGGGAAGUGGCGACGAGACUGCAAUGGGGGCUGCAGCAACCGCCAUCGAAAAGCUUUCAAUAAGCCAGAAAGUGAGGAGAGCUAUCAAUGCCUUCGGUGCUAUUCCGGCCCUCGUCUCGGUUUUGAAAACACCCGAUGUUCCGGAGUCCCUCCAAGAAAAGAUUGUUGGGGCUCUAGUACGCUUGUCUCAAACGCAGGAGGAGGUGGAGGCUACCACGGUCCGGUCUGGAAGCGUCGCUCGGGGAGUUUUGGACAUUGUCAACUCCGAGGAUGCGACCUACGAGGCCAAGGUUGAGGCUGAAAAUGUUCUCAAGGAGAUCAUGUCGCUCAAGGCAGAUCCAAGGGACAAGAUCGUAGAUGCUGGUGGUGCAGCGCCGCUCAUUCACCUUGUUGCGUCAAGUGGCUCUUUCGCCUUGAGACGCAAAGCGGCAAGCGUCUUGGAGAGCCUGGCGACCAAGGAAGCUCAUGCCGUGAGCAUGGCAGGCGCGGGAGUCGAUUCUGCUCUUAAGUCUCUACUCCGAGUGGAAACGGCAGACGAGGACGAUGGUAGCGGUGUGAGCGCAGCCUGUAGUUUACUGGGAAGGCUGCUCGACUGUGAAAAUGCCCGGGAGAAGCUCGACUGCCCGUCCUAUGUUGCGCUCUUGGGGGAGUUUUCUAAGCUGGAGAGCGUGCCUCCGUCCAUCAGACACGAGAUAUCGGAGUGUCUGCUCAAGCUGGGCGAGCAGUCGAGGAGGAUGCAUUAAAGUUUAUAGUGGCUCGUCUGUCUUGACAAGUAUAAAGCGCUGCUUGCCCUAACCCUGGGGGCUCC